AUGUUGUUUGCAAUAUCAGUAGUCAGUUGGACCAAGUUAACCUUACAUGAAUUGAAGAAACUAUGUGUUUUAUGUGGCCUGUCAGACAGAGGUAACAAAGAAGACUUAGGUAAAAGGUUGCAUCUCUUUUUUGAGAAAAGAAAGGGAAAGCAAUCAGAAAAGUCAUUAGAAGGAGCUAGUGCAGAAGCUAGCAGCAGAGAUAAUAUUUAUGAGGAAUCUCAAGAAGCAGAUAAGAGGAUUAGAGAUAAGAUCACUCAUUAUCUGGAAAAGAAAAAAGAAGAGUCAGUACCAAUCAAUAUUUUUUUGUCAGCCUUAGGUAAUCUAGAAAAGAAAAUAGAUAAAAGUUUUUCAGCUCUUCAUUUGGAAAUAAAAGAAGCUAUGAGGGUUUUACCUACUUCACUUAUGAAAGAUUUUGCUGAUAUUCGGAAUGAAAUUGAAACUCAAGCAAUUACACUGAGGUUGGCAGAUAAUAAAGUAGAGAAGGAUAUGGGUUUUCAAAAUGCUAAGAAGAGAUCACAUGUUUCAACUGUAGUGGAUUCAGACAUAUUGCUUCCAAUUGUUCCUUUAUAUUGA